CCCUGUUGAGCAAGGCUUCAGACAGAGAGCGCGCCGACGUCUCUCUAUCUCCUCCGCGCCGCCGCAGAUGGCCGGAGCCACUUCGCAGGCAGCGCGCUCUGUCGUCAUCCGCUGGCUGCCUCCACUACUACUCCUCUUCCACGGGUGCUGGAGCUGUGGGGCUGUCGAGAGGGAGAGGACGCUGGCUAUGAUCAAACCGGAUGGUCUGUCAGGUAACUACACGGAGAAAAUCAAGGAGGCCGUAUUGGAGUCUGGAUUUGAUAUCGUCAAAGAGGCCGAGGUCAAGCUUGAUGCUGAGAGGGCAUCUCUGUUCUAUGCGGAGCAUUCUGGGAGAAGUUUCUUCGAUAGCCUGGUGAAGUAUAUGACGAGUGGUCCAGUUCUUGUUAUGGUUCUGGAAAGGCCUGAUGCCAUCUCACAGUGGCGAGCUUUGAUUGGGCCAACUGAUGCAAGAAAGGCUAAAAGUUAUCAUCCAAACAGCAUUAGAGCAAUGUGUGGGUUGGACUCAGAGAAAAAUUGUGUGCAUGGUUCAGAUUCAAUGGAAUCUGCAGCAAGGGAAAUUUCAUUUUUCUUUGGAGAUGCUAGUUCUGAAACUGUGGAACAUGACGAGCUGUAGACACUAGACAGGUAUCUGUCAAGGCUGAUAAUAUGAAACUUGAUGACUCCCUCAAACUCUUGGUUGGUGAAAACUUAGGUGCAUCAGAUGAGGCUAGUCGGCUCCACAUUACAUGUCUUCACUUGAUCUCUUCGUCUGAGAAAUUGACCUGCAGAUUGUGGUUGACAAUUACUCAUUCAUAGUGAUUGUUGUAUUCCGAUGAAAAAUAUAAUUGACUGCACUGCACACAAAUAGAUCAUAGAAUUUAUACUCA